AUGGACAAGAGUUUCAUUAACUUAAAAUCCGUGUUUGCCGAGCUAUCAAUAUCUUGGUUUGUUCAUAUCUGUCUAUUUUGGUCUGUUCAUAUCUAUCCAUCUAUCUCGUUUUGUUCAUAUCUGUCUAUUUUGGUCUGUGCAUAUCUAUCAAUCUAUCUCGGUUUGUUCAUAUCUGUCUAUUUUGGUCUGUGCAUAUCUAUCCAUCUAUCUCGGUUUGUUCAUAUCUGUCUAUUGUGGUCUGUGCAUAUCUAUCAAUCUAUCUCGGUUUGUUCAUAUCUGUCUAUUGUGGUCUGUGCAUAUCUAUCAAUCUAUCUCGGUUUGUUCAUAUCUGUCUAUUUUGGUCAGUGCAUAUCUAUCAAUCUAUCUCGGUUUGUUCAUAUCUGUCUAUUUUUGGUCUGUGCAUAUCUAUCAAUCUAUCUCGGUUUGUUCAUAUCUGUCUAUUUUGGUCUGCAUAUCUAUCCAUCUAUCUCAGUUUUGUUCAUAUCUGUCUAUUUUGGUCUGUGCAUAUCUAUCCAUCUAUCUCAGUUUUGUUCAUAUCUGUCUAUUUUUGUUCAUAUCUAUCCAUCUAUCUCAGUUUGUUCAUAUCUGUCUAUUGUGGUCUGUGCAUAUCUAUCCAUCUAUCUCGGUUUGUUCAUAUCUGUCUAUUGUGGUCUGUGCAUAUCUAUCAAUCUAUCUCAGUUUGUUCAUAUCUGUCUAUUUUGGUCUGUGCAUAUCUAUCCAUCUAUCUCAGUUUGUUCAUAUCUGUCUAUUUUGGUCAGUGGUCUAUCUCCGGUUUGUUCAUCUAUCUAUUGUAUCUAUCCAAUCUAUCUCAGUUUGUUUAUAUCUGUCUAUUGUGGUCUGUGCAUAUCUCAAUCAAUCUCGGUUUGUUCAUAUCUGUCUAUUUUGGUCUGUGCUCUAUCAAUCUAUCUCCUUUGUUCAUAUCUGUCUAUUUUUGGUCUGUGCAUAUCUAUCAAUCUAUCUCGGUUUGUUCAUAUCUGUCUAUUUUGGUCUGUGCAUAUCUAUCAAUCUAUCUCGGUUUGUUCAUAUCUGUCUAUUUUGGUCUGUGCAUAUCUAUCAAUCUAUCUCGGUUUGUUCAUAUCUGUCUAUUUUGGUCUGUGCAUAUCUAUCCAUCUAUCUCAGUUUGUUCAUAUCUAUCUGUGCAUAUCUAUCCAUCUAUCUCGGUUUGUUCAUAUCUGUCUAUUUGGUCUGUGCAUAUCUAUCCAUCUAUCUCAGUUUGUUCAUAUCUCCUAUUUUGGUCUGUCAUAUCUAUCCAUCUAUCUCGGUUUGUUCAUAUCUGUCUAUUUUGGUCAGGUGCAUAUCUAUCAAUCUAUCUCCCGUUUGUUCAUAUCUGUCUGUGGUCAGUGCAUAUCUAUCAAUCUAUCUCAGUUUUGUUCAUAUCUGUCUAUUGUGGUUUUGUUCAGUCUGUCUAUUUUGAUUCUAUCUAUCAAUCUAUCUCAGUUUCUAUUCAUAUCUGUCUAUUUUGGUCUGUGCAUAUCUAUCAAUCUAUCUCGCUUUGUUCAUAUCUGUCUAUUGUGGUCAGUGCAUAUCUAUCAAUCUAUCUCGGUUUGUUCAUAUCUGUCUAUUGUGGUCAGUGCAUAUCUAUCAAUCUAUCUCGGUUUGUUCAUAUCUGUCUAUUUUGGUCUGUUCAUACCUAUCCAUCUAUCUCGGUUUUUUCAUAUGUGUCUAUCUUGGUCUGUUCAUAUCUAUCCAUCUAUCUCGGUUUUUUCAUAUGUGUCUAUCUUGGUCUGUUCAUAUCUAUCCAUCUAUCUCGGUCUGUCCAUAUCUGUCUAUUUUGGUCUGUUCAUAUCUAUCCAUGUAAGUUUUUUCAUAUCUGUCUAUUUUGGUCUGUUCAUAUCUAUACAUCUAUUUUAG